AUGACUUCAUCUGCUGUUUCGAGAUUAUCAGUGAUAUCAAAUCAUAUAACUGGUAAUAAUACUAACAAUGAAUCUAGAGGUGAUAUCGGUUUAAUCGGUUUAGCGGUUAUGGGUCAAAAUUUGAUCUUAAACAUGGCUGAUCAUGGUUACACAGUUGUUGCAUACAACAGAACCACAUCGAAAGUUGAUCAUUUCUUGGAAAAUGAAGCUAAAGGUAAAUCAAUUCUUGGUGCUCAUUCAAUUAAAGAAUUAUGUGAAAAAUUAAAAAGACCAAGAAGAAUUAUGUUAUUAGUUAAAGCAGGUGCUCCUGUUGAUUCAUUUAUUGAUCAAUUAUUACCAUACUUGGAAAAAGGUGAUAUUAUUAUUGAUGGUGGUAACUCACAUUUCCCAGAUACAAAUAGAAGAUAUGACGAAUUACAAACAAAAGGUAUUGAAUUUGUUGGUUCAGGUGUUUCUGGUGGUGAAGAAGGUGCAAGAACAGGUCCUUCAUUAAUGCCAGGUGGUUCACAAGCUGCUUGGCCACACAUUAAAAGCAUUUUUCAAGAUAUUGCUGCUAAAACCGAUGGUGAACCAUGUUGUGAUUGGGUCGGUCCUGCAGGAGCUGGUCAUUACGUUAAAAUGGUUCAUAAUGGUAUUGAAUAUGGUGAUAUGCAAUUAAUUUGUGAAGCUUAUGAUAUAAUGAAAAGAAUUGGUAAAUUUUCCAAUAAAGAAAUGGGUGAUGUUUUUGCUAAAUGGAAUAAAGGUGUUUUAGAUUCAUUUUUAGUUGAAAUUACAAGAGAUAUUAUGUAUUUUAACGAUCCAAAUGAUAACACUCCAUUAGUUGAAAAAAUUUUAGAUACUGCUGGUCAAAAAGGUACUGGUAAAUGGACUGCUGUUAAUGCUUUAGAUUUAGGUAUUCCAGUUACAUUAAUUGGUGAAGCUGUUUUUGCAAGAUGUUUAUCAGCUAUGAAACAUGAAAGAGUUGAAGCUUCUAAAAAAUUACAAGGUCCAGAAAUUACUGGUGAAUCACCAAUUAAAGAUAAAGAAGCAUUUGUUGAUGAUUUAGAACAAGCUUUAUAUGCUUCAAAAAUUAUUUCAUAUACUCAAGGUUUUAUGUUGAUGAACCAAGCUGCAAAAGAUUAUAAAUGGAAAUUGAAUAAUGCAGGUAUUGCUUUAAUGUGGAGAGGUGGUUGUAUUAUUAGAUCAGUCUUUUUAGGUGAAAUUACUGCUGCUUAUAAAGAAAAUCCAUUGUUGGAAAACUUGUUAUUCCAUCCAUUCUUUGACAAAGCUAUUAUUAAAGCUCAAAAAGGUUGGAGAUCAACUUUAGGUAAAGCUAUUGAAUAUGGUAUUCCAACUCCAGCAUUUUCAACUGCUUUAGCUUUCUAUGAUGGUUUAAGAUCAGAAAGAUUACCAGCUAAUUUAUUACAAGCUCAAAGAGAUUACUUUGGUGCUCAUACUUUCCAAGUCUUACCAGGUAAAGAAAAUGAAUUAUUACCAAAAGAUAAAUGGGUUCAUAUUAACUGGACCGGUAGAGGUGGUGACGUCUCUGCUUCAAGUUAUGACGCUUAA